CCUGUCCAGUCUGCCAGAGGAGAGCAGUCGUGCUCCCAGUGGAAGAUGGCGGUGGGGAUGCUGUCUGGAGCUGGAGCAGAGUGCUGGAUUUGCACAAAAAGCCAACCCGGAUGGAUAUAAAGGACAAAAUGAACAUAUUGCCAUCUCAUCUCCUCGAGGUCCGGACUCAUUUGAGGGUUGUUUAACAACUAGAAUCUGCUGCCUUUUCUUUUUCUCUGGCAGAAACCAUCCGGCUUCUUCUUGUCGGAGGAUUCACAGACUGCAUACAUUGUGAUAGCUCGGCGCAUAAAACAGGGUGGGAGUGAAAAGUGGACAUAAAAAUGUCGGAUUCAAAGGUAAAAGUUGCAGUGAGAGUCCGGCCCAUGAACCGCAGGGAAAUUGAACUGAAUACAAAAUGUGUGGUGGAAAUGGAGGACAACCAGACAGUCCUGCACCCACCACCCUCAAAUGGAAAAGGAGACAGCAGGAAACAAUCUAAGGUGUUCGCUUUUGACCACUGUUUCUGGUCCAUGGAUGAGUCCAACGUUCCCAAAUAUGCCGGUCAAGAGGUGGUGUUCAAGUGCCUUGGAGAGGGAAUACUUGAAAAUGCAUUCCAGGGAUAUAAUGCCUGCAUAUUUGCCUAUGGACAAACAGGUUCAGGCAAGUCCUUUUCCAUGAUGGGGAACGGGGAGCUGCCGGGUUUAAUCCCUCGACUCUGCUGCUCGCUGUUUGAGAGGGUCCACAGAGAGGAGAACGAGGCCCACACUUUUAAGGUGGAGGUUUCCUACAUGGAGAUCUACAAUGAGAAGGUCCGUGACCUGCUCGAUCCCAAAGGGAGCCGACAGUCCCUGAAAGUUCGGGAACACAAAGUCCUGGGUCCUUACGUGGACGGUCUGUCUCAGCUGGCUGUGACCAACUUUGAGGACAUUGAGGUGUUAAUGUCAGAGGGGAACAAAUCUCGUACAGUUGCAGCCACCAACAUGAACGAGGAGAGCAGUCGGUCACACGGCGUCUUCAGUAUCAUCGUCACACAAACGCUUUACGAUCUACAGUCUGGGAAUUCAGGGGAGAAAGUGAGCAAGAUGAGUCUGGUUGACCUGGCAGGAAGUGAGCGAGUGUCCAAGACUGGAGCUGCUGGAGAGAGACUCAAAGAGGGCAGCAAUAUUAACAAGUCUCUCACCACGUUAGGCUGUGUGAUUUCUGCUCUGGCUGACCAGUCUGCAGGGAAGGGGAAGGCCAAGUUUGUGCCAUACAGAGACUCAGUCCUCACCUGGCUGCUGAAGGACAACCUUGGUGGCAACAGCAAGACAUGCAUGAUAGCCACAGUGAGUCCGUCGGCUGAUAACUACGAGGAGACUCUGUCCACGCUGCGCUACGCCGACAGAGCCAAGAGAAUCGUCAACCACGCCGUGGUGAACGAAGACCCCAACGCUCGGAUCAUCAGAGAGCUCAGGGAAGAGGUGGAGAAGCUCAAAGUUCAACUCUCUCAGGCCGAGUCAUUGAAGGCUCCUGAGCUGAAGGACAAACUGCAGGAGUCUGAGAAACUCAUUCAGGAGAUGACUGUCACCUGGGAGGAGAAACUAAGAAAGACAGAGGAGAUCGCCACUGAACGUCAGAAACAGCUGGAGAGCAUGGGCAUCUCUCUGGAAACAUCAGGGAUUAAAGUGGGUGACGACAAGUGUUUCCUGGUCAACCUCAAUGCUGAUCCUGCCCUGAACGAGCUACUGGUCUACUACCUGAAGGAGCACACGCGUGUGGGCGCAGACACGUCUCAGGACAUCCAGCUCUUUGGGAUCGGUAUCCAGCCGGAGCACUGCGUCCUGGAGCUCUGCCCAGAUGGUGAUGUCACCCUGAUGCCCAUAGUGAACUCCAGGACCUGUGUGAACGGAACAAUGAUUGAUUCCUUGGUGCACCUGUGGCACGGAGAUCGUAUCUUAUGGGGCAACAAUCACUUCUUCAGGAUUAAUCUACCUAAUCGAAAGCGGCGGGACCGUUUAAAGGAGCUGGAGAGAGCUUCCCCCAGAGAGAGCUUCAUCGAGGCAGAUGUGGAGACCGCCAGUGAGGCCUCUUCUGAGCAGGACUACAGCUAUGAGUUUGCCCAGAUGGAGGUCAUAAUGAAGACUCUGGGGAACAAUGACCCCAUGCAGAAUGUGGUCCAGGUGCUGGAGAAGCAGUACCUGGAGGAGAAGCGGACGGCUCUGGAGGAGCAGAGGGAGAUGUAUGAACGAGAGCUGGAGUCGCUACGGCAACAGCUUUCUCCCGAGAAAACGCCGCAACACCACCGCAGCAGCAGCGAGCGCCUUACGUUCCCGACGCACACACCGCACGGCAAGCUGCGACUGUGGACAGAGGAGCGGGAUGAGCUUUUUCGCCAGAGUCUUUCUCGACUCAGGGAGCAGGUUGUGAAAGCCAACACCUUGGUGCGAGAAUCCAACUUCUUGGCAGAGGAGAUGAACAAACUGACUGACUAUCAGGUCACCCUUCAGAUUCCUGCGGCCAACCUCAGCGCCAACCGCAAGCGUGGAGCAAUAGUGAGCGAGCCGGCCAUUCAGGUGCGGAGAAAAGGGAAGGGGACCCAGGUGUGGACCAUUGAGAAGCUGGAAAACAAACUGGUGGACAUGAGAGACCACUACAGGGACUGGAAGGAAGGCACAGAGGAGGUGUAUAACAAAGCAAACAGUAAGCAGUGUGACCCGUUCUAUGAGGCGCAAGAGAACCACAACCUGAUAGGAGUGGCCAACAUUUUUCUGGAGUGCCUUUUCCAUGAUGUCAAACUGCAGUAUGCGGUCCCCAUCAUCAGCCAACAGGGAGAGGUAGCAGGCAGGUUGCACAUUGAGCUGAUGCGAGUGAGUGGAGUCGUACCAGAGCGCCUGUCUGGGGGAGACGACUCGUCGGAAAACUCCAGUGAGAGCAGCUGCUAUGAGGUGAUGGAUACCAACGGAGAGAUCGUCCACAUGGCCAAGAGGCUCACCUGCAGAGUGCGGAUCAAGGAGGCCACAGGUCUGCCGCUCAACCUGUCCAACUUUGUCUUCUGUCAGUACACCUUCUGGGAGCACGGUGAGCCCACUGUGGCUCCUCCCAUGGUCAGCCCAGAUAGGCCUUCACCUCGAAGUCCAGAUGCCCAGUUUACUGUCCAGUUUGAUCAAUGCAAGGACUACGUUGUGCAUGUGACCGAUGAGUUUCUGGAGUUUAUAUCCGAUGGAGCGUUGGCCAUAGAAGUGUGGGGUCACCGCUGUGCUGGUAACGGACGUUCGCUCUGGGAGUUAGACGCUCUGGAGGCCCAGACCCAGACGCUCCGAGACAGGUGGAGUGAGGUGUCUCGCAGGAUCGAGCUGGUGAUCUUCAUCCAAGAGCUGAACGAGCAGGGAGAGUACUCAUCGGUGGAGCUGCAACCUGGAAAAGACAUCAGCACGGGAGGAGUCUUCCAACUCCGACAGGGUCACUCCAGGAGGCUGCAGGUGUGCGUGAAGCCGAUCCAGAACUCGGGCACUCUGCCUCUGCUGGUGGAGGCUGUGCUGUCUGUCUCUAUCGGCUGUGUAUCAGCUCGCUGCACCAAACUACAGAGACCACUGGACAGCUACCAGAGAGAGGAGGAAGACGAUAUGGAUAGUUAUCAGGAGGAAGAUCUCAACUGUGUUCGAGAGCGCUGGUCAGAGGCUCUGAUCAAACGUCGGGAGUACCUUGAUGAACAAAUCAAGAAAAUCAUCAACAAACAGGAGAAGUCAGAGGAGGAUAUUGAGCGUGAGGCUCGGCUGGUGGAGCAGUGGGUCGGCCUGACUGAAGAGAGAAACGCAGUGCUGGUACCUGCACCUGGUAGUGGCAUCCCUGGAGCUCCUGCAGACUGGUCCCCACCUGCAGGAGUGGAAGCUCACAUCCCUGUACUCUUCCUGGAUUUAAAUGCGGAUAAUCUGACAGUAAAUGAGCAGCUGACCGGCCCACACGCUGCCGGCGUCAACUCUAUCCUGCCCAAGGAGCAUGGAAGCCAGUUCUUCUAUCUGCCCAUCAUCAGGCACAGUGAUGAGGAGGUGUCGGCAGUGUGCUCCUGGGACUCAUCCAUCCAUGAUUCUGUGCACCUCAACCGCAUCACGUCUCCUAACGAACGCAUUUACCUGAUCAUCAAAGCCACGGUGCAGCUCAGCCACCCGGCCUCCAUGGAGCUGGUGCUCCGCAAGAGGAUCGCUGUCAACAUCUACAACAAGCAGAGUUUCACUCAGAGUCUCAAGAGAAGAAUGUCCUUAAAGAACGCGCUUUAUUCCUGUGGUGUGACUUAUGAGAUCGUUUCCAACGUACCAAAGGCCUCAGAGGAGCCGGAGGAAAGGGAAACCUUGGCCCUCAUGGCUGCUCGCGGGGACAGCGAGGAGACUCAGGAUGGAGAAACUUACAUAGAGAAGUACACAAGGGGAGUUCUGGAAGUGGAGAACAUCCUCAGUCUGGAGAGGCUACGACAGGCUGUGACAGUGAAGGAAGCACUCACUACCAAGGGGAGACACCUAAGAAGGAGUAUCAGCACACCAAAUGUACAGCAUUCUUCAUGUAGUAAAACAGACCUGACUGGGUGUGAGGAUGAAGACUGUAAGGUAAAUCAGGACCACUGUGAUCACGUGGACAGCACCAACUGCAAUCCCCUGGAGGGCUCGGGUUGUACCACACCCAUCAAAUGCAAGGAGAAUCCAGGUGUGGUUCCAGAGAGCCCUACGUUCUUCAACUCCAGCCCCUUCAAAGUCCUCUCCCCUCAGCCACCCAAGUUCCUCAAGUCCCUUCUGCCUGUCAAAGAGGAGAACAAGGCGAAGAAAGUCCUGGAGGCCCGGCCGCUGCUGGGACAAGAGAGCAUGCGCUCAUGUGUGGACAGCCCUGCACUGCUCCCCCCUCCCUGCCCCUGGCGCCGGCCCAGGGCAGGCAGCGAGGGCCACUGCAAGCCUUCCACCUCCACCUCCACCUCCACCCACACCUCCACCACCACCACCACUCCCACCAGCAGACAGCUCAGCCACACACUGCCACACACUGCUCAGGACUCUGAGGACGAGGAGACGGAUGUGGACAUGACCCUGAAUCUGGAUCGGGGCCCUCAGGACCACAGCAGCUUCCAGCCUUACAUCCCAGAGGACUUUGCAAACUUUGAGAUCUACAACGCAACUCUGGAGAACCAGGAGGGGUUUCUAUCCUCCCGGUCUGACUUGAAGGGAAGCCGGUGUGGAGGUGGGAGCGGAGACAAAGGGGUGCCUCGAAGCCCCACAGCCAGCAGCUGCACUAGUGGCUACUUUUCACACAGUGCCUCCAAUGCUACGCUGUCUGACAUGCCUUUCAGCAGCAGUGAGAGCUCUGACCACCUUAGCUGCACCUCCAGAGAACCCCAUGACCCUCUUGGAAGCCCUGCUGGAAGAGGCUGCACCCAAACCAAAAGUGUCCCUGCAGGGAGUGACACCCAGCAGCCUCCGCUCUCAGCGGGUGGGGUUCAGGACCCUGCCCCCUCGCCUGUCAGUAUCCCUAAUUGCAGAGACAAGCACAACUGUGUUAUCAAUGCCAGCCAGGAGUUCAGUGACUUUAAAGGAGCUGAUGACAGUAUUGGAGACAGUGAUUUGGCACAUUUUACAGAGGGAUGGGAGCAGGAGAGUUUGGAAAAAGAAACAUGUGACACUGGCAAUCAACACGCCUCUGAUGUCUCUGGUAUUAUCAACACAUGUGUUCCUGGAGACUCCUCAACCGCUACAUGCAAAUGUCCAAAUAAUACAGACUCUGUUAGUGUAGCUGUGUCCUGCCCUAACACAACUGUAGUUUGCACUUCAGCCAGAGCCCCAGUAUCUGUACCUGACAAAGUCCCAGCUCCAUCUCCAGCAUCACCAUCCCCAGUCACACCUUUAUCUACAGCCCCAUCCCCUGCCCAGACUCCGCGAGCAGGAGGGGAACCUCCAAUGGAGGAGCCGGCCCAAGGAGAUCUGCCCCACGGGAGUCCCUGUCCCAGCCCAAACCCCAGCAGCGCAGAGCCCUCGGGAGAUUCCAGCGGAGACGAGAGCACACCUGCAGCACAGCUUCCUGACUGGAUGGCUCCAGGAGAGCAAGUGUGGGUGGGGAAGAGGAGAGGAACGGUCCACUAUGUCGGAGGGGUGGAGUUUGCUAAGGGGAUCUGGAUUGGUGUGAAGCUUGACAUGGCAGUGGGUAAGCACAACGGGACUGUCCAGGGCAGGGUGUACUUCCGCUGCCCCCCAGGUCACGGUGUAUUUGUGAAGCCAUCUCGUCUCACUAGAGGACCGCCCUCCAUGGACACAGAACCCCAGACUCUGAUCAGAUAGGACCCAAAGAAGGACCAACUUUUCUGAGGAAAGACAGGGACCCGAGGGUGGUCCUCAGAUCCAGUGCCUAUUGGUGAACCGCAGACUCUCCUUGUGAUGGAGAUGCUGAUAUAUUCCGUGGGUGUGUCUGCUUUUCUAAAGCAUAUCUGACCUGUGCAUUUAAUGAAGGUAUAUCCUAAUUACUGUUCACUGAAAAUUCACUAUGCACAUAUCUGAGUUUUCUAUACGGGGAUAUUUUUGAUAGGGAACUUCACUUUUAACUGGGAGUCCAUAUGGAAAUAUUACCCACAUACAUUUUCUUACAUUGGUUCCCGAACAUUAUAUAUGAUAUUUUUGUAAGACAAUGAAUCCUCCCUGAGGCUCAUAGUGGAGUAAUCUGGGAUUUGAAGAUUAAGAAUGUACUACUGUUAGUAAACAUUGAUAUUUACAUCAAUAAGAUCUGUCAGGGGUAACCAAAGAACUACGGUUCCAUAUCUGCUGUUAUAAGUAAUAUGUUAUUUUUCUAAUGUGCGUAUGUGGAUUCAAACACUAUAUAUAUAUAUAUGUAUAUAUAUAUACAUAUAUAUCAAUGUGUCCAAGUAAAGCUUAGUGCCAUAUCUCUAGGAGUAAUGCCACAUACCCUGAACAGAGGACAAAUCUGCUAAACCUGAGUUGCUCUCAGUGUUUGACUGCAGUUAUAUCAUGUUAAAUUAUCCUGUUGAAGUACUGUAACACUGUGGAGGAAAUAAUCCCCAUCCAGCAUGAGACUGUUGCUGUUUGAACGCUUGCACUGGAAAGGAUUCUUGGAGAGUUCGCCGACCGUCUUCCAUAUUGGACUGAUGAGAUAUUUUCUAACUGAAGUGACUGAGAAACCGUGUGUCAUCACUUUAAUCCGGGGAACAAAGCAGCUGGGCCUGGAUGUACUGAUGCCUUAAACGCCCUGUUUCCAUAAAGGCAGGCACAUAAACCCCCGACUACUCAAUGAACUCCAUACCAAGUUCAUUGAGUUUUAAACUAACUGUAUGGACCUGAAACCUGUGUAUGUAUAUCAUGACGCCCAGAGGCAUUCAAAAUGCCACGCAGCCUCGCUGACUGACCGAAUACCUUUUUAACUGAUUGUCCAUCUGCAUUUUAUAUGUUAACUGACUGAUAUAUAACACUACACGUUAAAAGGUACUCAAUAACGCUUUUUUUUCACAUUGGAUGAAUGGGUGAUGGACGGUUACAGAAGAUGACGCAAAAGUAGUUUAGUUAUGAAGAAGAGCUGUCCUAUGAACUUAUAUUUUUAUGGAAGUGGUGAACUGUGGAACUGAACUAGAAAUGGUUGUAUAAUCCAAGCUGUAAUUUGAAGUAAAUGAAACAAACCCAAGACCUUACUUUAAAGAAGAGAACAAAGCUGCUCUCCCUCAUAAGGAGUUGUAAAUAGAAAUGUAUUUGAACAUAGUAUUUACACUAUUAUAAUGUACAGAAUUGUAUUUAUAAUGUAUCGCAAACUGUUUUAAUUGGUACAAAAUGUUCUAGAAUAGAACAUUUACAAUCAG